AUUAAUGAAAUAAGUCCAGAAAAUGGGGGCUUGGACUUUUAAAGAGGUGCUCCAAGCGGCGGGACCUAGUACGGAAGUCUUAGGGGAUUAAGUCAGUCCUCGAGGAUGGAGUCCUGGCCCUUUAAGGGUGUAUGUUAAGGGGCGGAGUCUAGGGCGGAAGUUGUAAGUCGGGGCUGAAGUCUGGCUGAUGAAGGGCUGAGAGUUUGGGUCCAAACCGGCAAUCAUGGCGCAGGAAGGGGAGGAUGUUAGAGAUUACAAUUUGACUGAGGAACAGAAGGCGAUCAAGGCUAAGUAUCCUCCAGUCAAUCGGAAGUACGAGUAUUCACUUCUGAUGAAGAAGUGAUGACAGCAGUGCGUUCGUGGCUUGCAGCUUAGCCUAAGACAUUUUUUAAUGAGGGAAUACAAAAGCUUGUUGACAGAUGGACAGAGUGUAUUAAAAAGCAAGGAGAUUAUGUCGAAAAAUGAUACAUUUGUCUUUUCUAAAAGUUAAUUAAAAUAAACUCUACAGCCAGUGUGUGGAUGAUUUUUGACUCACCCUCGUACUUACAAUUAAAAAAAGAAAAAGUCAUUUUUACUUGAAAAUGUCCUUGAUGAGGGAAUUCCCAGACAGUCCAGUGGUUGAGACUCUGCGCUUUCACUGCUGAGGGCACAGGUUUGAUCCCUGGUCAGGGCACUAAGAUCCCACAAGCAACACAGUGCCAAAAAAAAAAGUCCUUGAUGACUUGGCAAGAACUAUUAAUUUUAUUAAAUAUUAAUCAUUGAGUACAUGCCUUUUUAGUAUUCUGUGUAACAAAAUGGGAAGUAUGCAUAGUGUUUCUGCUGUGUCUCAAAGUAUUGGUGAUUACCUUAAGGAAAACAACUUCUGUAAUUGAGUUGUGUGAUGCGUUUUUUCACAGAACACUUUUUGCUCAAAAUGAUUGAAAGACAUACUAUUGUCAUUCAGACUUGGGUAUUUCAGAUAUCUUCUUGAAAAUAAAGUAAUCUGUCACAUCAAGGAAAAUACAAUAUUUGUUGGUAUAUUGAUAAUAUAUAUUGUACAAUGCUAAAAUUCAGGCUUUCAAGAGAAAUCAGAAUUUUAGAAAACUUGUAUCUGCCAUCAUGAGCUUGACAGUUUCCCAGUGUUGAAAGACUUUUCUGAUGAGAUUAGCAGUGAUAUUAACAAAUAGGUUUUUUUAAAAUUCUAUGUAAUGUGUUAGUAUUAUCUGUAUGAUUCAGUGAACUGAUAUUUUCCCCAAAACCAAUGCUUGAUGUUACAAAACAGAUAAAAUCUGGUCUAAGCACAAGAUAGAGCAAUGGAUUUUAAUGUUACAGAGUUUGAAAAUUCAUUGUUAAAGCCUCAGAUUCUGCAUUGCAACUAACCUUUAAAAAACUACCAGUUUCUAAUUUUGGUGUAGUAUCAGGGAGGACUAUAUACAAAUUUUUCCCUCACUCCAGCUGUGCUGCCCCUAUACAUUUUUUUUUAAAGCUGUUAAAAUACUUUUUCCUUCUGCAUAUCUGUGAGGUUGUAACACAUUGAAAAGUCAGACAUUAAAAAUACUUGCAGAAAUGCUAAACAGUGCCACUCUUCUCACUAAAUUUUUUUGAAAAUGUAGUUAUUUUUUCAAAAUUAUAUAUAUAAUUUAUGUUAAAUAAAAUGGGCUUAUUAUUUUUAAAGAAUUAAUACAUAUUUAAAGUUUUUUUCAGUUCAGAUUCCUAGGUUAAUAUUGCCAGAUACAACCCAUAUAAACAAAAGCUCUUUGGGGUCCUCAAUAAUUUUUAAGAGAAUAAAGAGUUCUUGAGACCAAAAAAUGUGAGAACCACUGCCCUAUAGCAGUCUGUCAUUGUCUCUUUAAACUGUCCUUUUAAAAAUUGAGGUAUAAUUUACAUGUAGUAAAGGUGCUCUUAAGUAUGAAGUCCAGUGAGUUUUUAUAAACAGGUAACAUCUGUGUAACUAAUACUCCAGUCAAGCUCUAGAUCAUUUCUAUCGCCCUGGAAAGUUCCCUUUGCUCCUUUCCAGUUUGUCCCCUAACCCCUUACCUUGAGGCAAGCACUGCUCUGAGUUCUGUCACCAAAGUUUACUUUUGCUUUAGAGUUUUGUAUAAGUUGAAUCACACAGUAUAGAUUCUUUUAUAUCUGGUUUCUUGACUCAGUAUCAGACACAGCUAGACAUUAAUGUGGUGAAUGGAUUUUAUUCAGUAACUACUGACAGCAGGGGAAGGAGCUGAGCUCCCUUCAGAUUUUGUGCAGAGGUGAUUGGGCAUUUUAAAGGAAGAAUGAAGAGGGGUGGGGGGAGAGCAGGGGCUCAGUAGAGACAAGAAGUGAAAAACUACAAAAGCUUGGUCAGUGUAAACUGUAAAUUCGAUUGGACCAGCAGUGUUUGCUAGCUGGCAGUUAUCGAAGUUAGGAGUCUGUCCUCCCAUAGAGACUGGGAGUCCUUCCUGAUGAUUACAUUUCAAAGGAAUGGUCCUUGAGAAAGAUACUUCUGAGUUGUAAGAGAUAAAUAUUCACUGUUGUAAGCCCUUUUUACUAAAUGCUCUAAGAAAGGGAGGUCAAGGGCGUAUUGUCAGGUGUUGACUGGAACCAACAGUCUUUUCUCCUGCAGUGUAGAGCUUUCUAAGGCAGGCAUUGUAAUGGUGGGUUCUGGGUGAUCCUAGGAACACAGCCUUAAGCUGCUAGAAGCCUUAAGCUGCUAGAAGCCACGCUAAAGUUUGGUCAGUUCUCUUAGUGCAGGCGGUUUGGAUGGAGAGUUGGAUGCUGAGAGUUUUGUAGUUUUCACUUCAUGUUUUUGAGACUUGUUAAUGCAUUUAUCAGUAGUUCAUGCUUCUUUAUUGCUGAGUAGUGUGGCAUUGUAUCCCUCAGUUUAUUUAUCCAUUCUCUUGACAGACAUUGCAUUUUUAAUUUGGGGGAAUAAAAUUGCUGUGAACAUUCUGAUAUGUCCUUUUGUGGCCACAUACUUUGAUUUCUCUAGGGUUAAUACCUGCUAUUUUCUUUUAACUUGUUUGUCAUCUCUACUGGUCAUUGAGCCCCUUAGUGCCUAAAAUGUAUUGAGUCCACAGUAAUAUUUUGAGUAAAUUAGAGAUGAGCUUAAACCUUGAGUGUCACCAGAAUAUGUAUUAUGUAAAGGGCACUAAACUGAAAGUUAGAAAAUCUCAAUUCUAGUCCCAACUCUGCCUUGAAUCAGCAGUGUAGUCUUAAACAAGUCACAUAGUCUCUGGAUUUCAGGUUUCUUCUUGUAAUUGAAGGAAUUCUGUUAAAUGAGCUCUAACACUUUGUUCUAGCCUGAAUAUUCUAUGAUCCUAAGUAGGAAGAAUUGAUGGAAGUGAGGGUAAGAGUGAAGAAUAGACUCUGAAAUCUUGAGAUAACAGAUCCAAUGGGAACUUGCUAUAGGAGCAGUUUUUACCUCCUGGUGUUGCUGUGAGAAUAUCAGGAAAAAGCUCAUAAUACAUGUUGUAGAGUUUACUUUCCAAAACUAUUUUAUUGGCCAAGGAUAUCUUUGAGGAGUCCUUCAAAUGAAAGAAAUCAACAAAUAUAAAACUUGGCUCUUGUUAAAAAUAAAAACGUGUUUUGUCUGGGAUUUGGCUAGCUGUUCACGAAAAGAUUUGGAUCAUACAGCUGAUGUCCAGUUGCACGCAUGGGGAGAUACUCUGGAGGAAGCAUUUGAGCAAUGUGCGAUGGCCAUGUUUGGUUAUAUGACAGAUACUGGGACAGUGGAGCCCCUCCAAACAGUAGAAGUAGAAACCGAAGGAGAUGACUUACAGUCUCUUCUGUUUCACUUUUUGGAUGAGUGGCUUUAUAAAUUCAGUGCUGAUGAAUUCUUCAUACCCCGGGAAGUGAAAGUACUUAAUAUUGAUCAAAGAAAUUUCAAAUUACGGUCAAUUGGGUGGGGAGAAGAAUUCUCAUUGUCCAAGCACCCUCAGGGAACUGAAGUCAAGGCAAUAACAUAUUCAGCAAUGCAGGUCUAUAAUGAAGAGAAGCCAGAAGUUUUUGUGAUCAUUGACAUUUAAGAUACAAAAAAAAGAGAGACUCCUACAAAGAACUGUUUUUUUCUCUUCCUUUUGAGAAGAUACUGUGGUACCAUGAUAUAAUUCUACAGUAUGUGUUAGUAUGUGGAGAUUUGCAGAACAGAAAUUUUUAACUUAAAGUGUGUAUUUCAGAAAUGGAAAAUCAAGGUAAAGUUUUGGUCUCUGUUAUCCAAAUAUUCAAAUUGUACGGAAUUCUUUCAGUGGCAAGUAUGGUUCCUCAUUUGUUAAUUCCCUGCUGUAACAGCAGGAGCCUUACAUCCUUCCAAUGGAAUGCAAGCCCUCCAGCCUGGUCCCAAAAAGGAUCAUUGAUGUAAGAGCAGCCUGAGGGACUCUGAAGCCCCCAUGCUCUUACCGAAUGCAACUUGAAUAAAAAGUGAUUUGAGGAAUCCUACAACCAGGAUUUUGCUUUUCUCCCAAAUUGGUUAACACAUAUAUUUUCUGUGUGUACAUUAAAAGAGGUUGUGUUUUAGAUUGCUGUGGGACAGAGCCAUCCUGUAUUCCAGUUGGUUUUCUUAGAUGAAAUAAUUAUAGUUGAACAAUUGGAAGGCUUCUCUAGAAAGAGCCCUGAUUUACUCUCUCUCACCUUUUUUUAAGCACUGAUGUAUUGACACUUCCCUGUUUUCCCAUAAGAAAAAUUUGAUGCAUGUACAAAUAGGCCCUUCUUUCUAACAUAUAAUUUUAUAUUAAAGCCAGUAUAGUUAUACAGUUAGAGAAAAAAAGGAGAAUUUUUUAAAGUGUCUUUGGUUGGGGGCGGGGGGGCGAAAGGAGAGCUGGGACAAAGUGAGAGAGUAGCAUAGACAUAUAUACACUACCAACUGUAAAAUAGAUAGCUAGUGGGAAGUUGCUGUAUAACAAAGGGAGAUCAACUCGAUGAUGGGUGAUGCCUUAG